AUGGAACGCUAUACCGGCCGUACCAUCGUAGGCGAAGGGCAGUACGGCACGGUGUAUCAUGUCAGGUCUAGGGAAACCGGCAAGAGUUACGCUUUAAAGUGCCACAAGACCAACGAUGACAUCUGCGAAGACACCGACAAUGGUAUGACAGAAUCCACUGUGCGUGAACUGUCGUGCCUCUCUGCGUUGAAAGGCCACCCGCAUAUCGUCGAGAUGCUCGACUGUUUCGUAUACAAGGGGGAGAUGUCGGUGAUCAUGCCAUAUUAUCCUCUAUCGCUGUCCGACGUGAUAUACCGAGGACAACGUGUGGUCCGGCUGCCCGUCGCAUUCAUAGCGCGUUUUUCAAGGCAGAUCGCGAACGCGCUGUUUUACAUGCACGGACUCAAUAUGGUACACAGGGACCUGAAGCCCGCGAACGUGCUGCUUACUGCGGACACGUUCGACGUCAAAGUGGCAGACAUGGGGCUGUCGAGAUACGCCGUGGGCAAGGGCAUGAGUUCCACGGUGGUCACCCGGCCAUAUCGAGCCCCGGAAUUGUUUACUCGAGAAGGUGUUAUUCCUUAUACUUGCGCCGUGGACAUGUGGAGCUUGGGCGUGAUGAUCGCGGACGCAAUGGAAGGCGAAUGUGUAUUCUGUCACCCCAACAUUCCCACAGACAAACUCAUUGCCCUCGUAUUGGACCACAAUGCGCGCACCAAUCGCAACAACCGCGACAUCCUGAUGCCCAAUGUCGUGAAGCACACUCUGGUCAACCGGAUCGUGUUUAGACUGCUAUGCACCAACCCAACGAAGAGACUAACCGCACGAUUAUUGUUGGCUGACAGCCCAUGGAAAUUGUCAUCUUGUGGUGUUACUCCAGAUGUCUUAGACAGUGUCAAGUCAUACGCCGACAUUGCCGUGCCACCCAUAUGA